CUUUCAUCACCAUCACAAGCCGCAGGGGAGGGGACGCGCAGGAGAUUCGCAAUCUCAGUCUUCCAGCGGUCAGCUUUACCCCAGCUUUCCCACCCCCUGUUUUUAUUCUUCAAACUUUAUAUUUGAGGCCCAGUGCUUGGGCUGUUGCUGCAUCCGCCUCUUUUGUUUUUGCUCUAUUCCGCUCCACCCCCCGCCUUUCUCUGUACCUUUUUUUUUUAUACACAAACGAUAAGCUCUCCACUUACUUUUCUGCUCUUGAAUGAUGGACUCGUUUCUGCCAAACCACUUUCUGUACCUGCUGUGCUCGCUGUUCGGGUUUGUCGCGUCGCACGCGCUGUCGGUGGUCGACGCAGUGUCCAACUGGUGGCACGCGGCACUGUGCUCGGUGCUGGCGCUGCUGCCCAAGGCGCACAUUGAGUUUGCAGUCACACGGCCGGCGCCGGGCUACCACCCGGCGGUCCUUGUCACCGGAACCAGCUCGGGGAUCGGCCACGACACGGCCAUCGCGCUGGCGACGCGCGGCUACACCGUCUUUGCCGGCGUGCGCACGUGGGAAGACGGCGCGCGCGUCGAGAGUGACUUUAUGAACGCCGUGCGGCCCGAGAACAUUGCCAAGAACCCCUGGGCGCAGGCGCCGUGGGCCGCGCCCGAGGCCGCCGGCGCCGAUCCCGCAAGCAGCACCAGCGCGGAUGGCAUCGGCAAAGGCGGCGGCGGCGACGGAGACGAGGCGACGACGGAGACGGGGGCGGCGCGCAGGCCGCCGCCACAUGCGCCAGCGGCGGCUACGGCGGCUGGACAAGAAGCGCGCCAAGCAGGCAGCCAACGGCGUCAGCCACGCGCCGGCGCCGCAGCGCGCCGGGAGCGGCGGCGGCAUCGUCCCGGUGAUUCUGGACGUCGCCAGCAGCGAGUCGAUCGACGCGGCGCACGACCGCAUCGCGGCCGAGCUGGCGCAGCGCGGCGUCCCGCUGGCGGCCGUCGUCAACAACGCCGGUGUCACGGCGUUUGGGCCGAUGGACAUCUCAGCGCCGGCGUUCAUCGACCACUGCAUGACCGUCAACUUCCACGGGCCGGUGCGCGUCACGCAGAAGUUCAUGCCGCUGCUGCGCGCGUCGCGCGGCCGCAUCGUCAACAUCUCCAGCAUCAUGUCGUGGCUGAUCGGCCCGGGCUUCGGCGUCUACUGCGCCAGCAAGGCCGCGCUGUCGGCCGUCAGCCGCGCGUGGCACUACGAGCUGGCGUCCAGCGGCAUCUCGGUGUCGGUCUCGAGCCGGGAAUCACGCGCACGGCGCUGUGGCACAAGGUCGAGUCGCAGCUCGAGGCCCACCACGCGCGCCUCAAUGGCCGCCGCCCGGCGCGCCGCCUGCGCUCGCGCGACCUGCUCGCAGCCGCCAUGCCCGGCGACGAGGCCGUGGCGUCGGCGUCGCCGGCCGAGUCGCCCAGCCGCUCGGUGCGCGCGUCCGACGACGAGGCCACCUUUGACCGCGCGCUGUACAACCCGAUGAUCCGCCGUAUCAAGUCGUCCAACGAGCUGGCGCCGAUCUUCGCGCUGCCCACGCACCACGCCGUCGCUGCCGUCAUGCAUGCGCUCACCAGCCGCUACCCAAAGUCCACGUACCGCGUCGGCUGGGACGCGCGCCUGAUGAGCCUGGCCACCUGGGUCGCCAGCGAGGAGACCGUCGAGUGGCUGUGCCGGGUGAUCGGGAUUGUGUCGGAGACUGACGAUGCGUGCGCUGCCCGGAGCAGCGAGCAGAAAUACAAGGCCUUUGCUUUGCUUUGCUUUCUACCUUCCAUUUCCGGCGCGCCUGGCUGCCCCCUAGCCGCGCGCCUGGCUGCCCCCUUAGCUGCGCCCUUGGCCGCGCCCUUGGUUGAGCGCGCCCUAUUUUGGCAACUGGCGCGGCAUCAGCCAGUGGAGACUGUUUGCUGUCUCGCCCCAGCAAAUCCAUUUUCCUUCGCCACACCAAUAAGCGCGCCGCCCCCUGCUUGGGCGCUGCCCCCCCAGGAACGGAACGCAUCUUGCUCCCAUCUUGCGCCGCAUGCUAUGACGUAA